AUGCAGCGACGGGCGGCAGAAUCGGAGGUGACGGCGGCCGCCUAUACUUUCCGGCAACCACCACAAGGCUUCCAGGAGCCCAAGUACCGUGACCCGUCCAACGGCCGCAAUGCAAGUCGGUUCAUGCACAGCGACUCACAGCGGUAUGGCAAUAUCAUGUAUGACCGCCGUGUUUACCGCGGCAGCACCUACGCUAGUCCGAUCAUGUCGAUCGCCGCACGCGCUGAGAUGGAAAAGCGUGAGAUGAUCGACACGCAGCGGCGAAAACAAGCAUCGCAGCGUGCCGCCUCGAUCAAGCGUCGCAAGCAGUUGGAGGCGGCCCGGCGACACAUGGCCACCCCCGACCUGGGCAAUGACCGGCAUAACACACAAGUUCAAACCGACGAGUACUUGGAGGAGCUGACGGACAGAGUGGAGCAACAGCCGCAGGAGACGCAGACGGACCCGCUCAUGGACCGACCAGCAACUCCAAAGUACGUCCCAACAAAGUCCGGCCGCGACGCGGAGACCCAAAUCCACGAGGGUGACCUGUUUCGCUUCGACGAAGCCGUGGAGCCCAUCCUUGAGGUGCUUGUGGGCAAGACGCUGGAGCAGGCAAUGCUAGAGGUGAUGCAGGAGGAGGAGCUGGAGCUCCUGCGCCAGCAGCAGAUCGAAUUCGAGCAGCGCCGCAAGGAGGAGCUUCUGGAAACCCAGAAGCUUGAGGCGGAGGAGCGUCGCAAGUUCGAGGAGAAGGAGCGCCGCAAGAAACAGGAGAUGGAGCGCAUCCAGCGUGAGAAAGAGACUCGUGAGAAACUGCAGGCGAGGCAGUUUGCCAAGGCGUACAUGUGCAACAUGGAGAACCGCGUCUUUUCUCGACUGCAAGAUGAAGGGUGGUUCGCAGACCGCGUGUUGAACGAGGUGGAGCUAGACUUCUUCCCGUGGCUGAUGGCCGAGGUGGACAAGGAGCUAGCCAAAAAGACGAAGGCCCGCGCGCUCGUGGACGAACUUAUUCGCGAGGUAGUCCGGCUGAACGCCUCCCAGCUAGCGAAGAGUCGCGCAGCAGCGGCGGCGCAGGAGAGGCCUUUAUUGGCGUAG